CCAAAAAGCAGUCCAGGUUCAACUUGCAUAAUAGUACACACCAACCUUACUAUAAAACCGGCUCAUCCACUACUUUGGUAGGCAACCAAAAGCCAAGAAAGAUAUCAUCAACAAUGGGAGAAGUUGAUCCAGCUUUCAUUCAAUCCAUAGAGCACAGGCCAAAGCUCGAAAAAAUUGAGGCCAAAGGGAUCCCAGUAAUCGAUCUCUCCGUGUUAAAUCCAGCUGACAAUCAUGUUCAAGCAGAUGAUCAUCAACUAGAUGGUCUUGUCUCGGAGAUAGGUGAUGCUUGCAAGAACUGGGGAUUUUUUCAAGUGAUCAACCAUGGCGUUUCGAUAAAUUCACGUAGAAAUAUCGAGGAAGUGGCGCGGAAGUUCUUUGAUCAGCCUCUUGAGGUGAAGAAGAAGGUGAGGAGGGAUGAGGUGAGUGUGUUGGGUUAUUAUGAAGCUGAGAAUACUAAGAAUGUUAGGGAUUGGAAAGAAGUGUUUGAUUAUGGUUUGGAAAACCCUACACUUGUUCCUGCUUCUGCUGACCCUGAUGAUAAUGAAAUUACACAAUGGUUUAAUCAUUGGCCCGAUUCCCCUCCUCAACUAAGGGAAAUUUGUGAAGGGUACGCUAAAGAGGUGGAAAAAUUAGCUUAUAAGUUGUUAGAACUGAUUGCAGUAAGCUUAGGCUUGCCAGCAGAUAGGUUGAAUGGCUUCUUCUUCAAGGACCAAACCACCCGCAUUAGGCUCAAUCACUACCCACCUUGCCCUGCUCCUGACUUGACUCUGGGUGUCGGUCGACAUAAAGACGGUAUUGCCUUGACCAUCCUAGCUCAAGACGAUGUUGGAGGGCUCGAAGUUAAGCGAAAAACAGACGGAGAAUGGGUUCGAGUCAAGCCUACUCCAAAUGCUUAUAUCAUCAAUGUUGGUGACAUUAUUCAGGUUUGGAGCAAUGAGAGAUAUGAGAGUGUGGAGCAUAGGGUGGUGGUGAACUCUGAGAAGGAAAGAUUUUCCAUUCCAUUUUUCUUCGGUCCGGCACACUACACCAUGGUGAAGCCACUGGAGGAGCUCACUAGCAAGGAAAAUCCUGCCAAGUACAGAGAAUACAGUUGGGGAAAGUUUCUGGUUAACAGAAAGGACAGUAAUUUCAAGAAACGUAGUGUUGCUAAUAUCCAAAUUUCAGACUUCAGGAUACCAGACUUGGCUGGUAAGUUAGAUGGAGGACUCUCCAUUAAUUGACAAGUGAUUUCAUGAGUAGAUUCCAUGUUGUUGUAUAUGUAUAUGUAUACGUAUACGUAUGGGAAAUAAAGACUGGAUCUGGGUGUGUUCUAGGCAUUAUUAGGAACGUGAAUCCUGUUAGAUGGAGUAGUUUCCCUUAAUUGACAAGUGAUUCCAUGUAGCUCAAAACGGAUAAAUUGUUACUAGUGCAAACAUAGAGGUGGGGCUGUUACGA